UGCUGGAGCCACACCCAUGACAUGACGUCACGGAGGAACUUAAACAUGGCCGACAGCUAGCCCCAAAUAUUGGCGAACUAGGGCACAUUCUACCACUCUGGGCGACAAUUUUUACACGUUUUGGCGGGUAUUAUCUAAGUUUGUAACAUUUUUGCCUUUACUAAACCCUGAUUGUUGGGCUGUUUUCUUUGGUCGUAGCGCAGUCAAGCCGACUGCGUUAGCUUCAUUAGCAUUUGAGCUAGCUCGCAGUUUUGUGUGUUUGUCACUAAACACGCGCUCGAGGAGAGAAACUUUUUUUUUUUUUUGUUAUAUUUUUCUUGAGUCGACGAGUGUUACGGAACUUCAGUAAACGACUAAGCCAUACCGUUGGGAUAUUUGCUUGAGAACCAACCGGUAACAUGUCGCAAAGACGCAAACAUGGCGGCUCUCACAGCACCCGCAGUAGCAAACAUGGCGGAUCUAACGACAACAACAACAACACCAGCAGUAGCAGCAGCAGCGGGGACUCGGACUGUGGCAGCCCCGCUUCCCACUCUGGUGCGUCCGCCGAGAGCCUCCAAGCCUCCUCGUCAUCGGGCAACGCGUUCGCCAACGACGGCAGCUUCAUGGAGAUGUUCAAGAAGAAGAUGGAGGAGGAGAUGAGGAAAAAGGCGCAGGGCACAGAUGGAGAGCAAGGACAUGCGUCAGUGGAAAGGAAACCUCCUCCAGUGACGAGCUUUGUGGGGAAGCGCAGAGGCGGAGUGUUCCUUAAGACCGGCAUGGUUGCGAAGAAGCAGAAACCCGACUCGGAGACCGAGCCGGGCAAGAGUGACGCCUGGUCAAAGUACAUGGCCGAGGUGAAAAAGUACAAAGCCCACCAGUGUGGUGACGACGACAAGACGAGACCUUUGGUCAAGUAGAAGCUGAGCAGGAGAAGGAACCAGAGGAGAGACCUUCAUCAGCCUUGCUUCCAUUUUGCGUCGACCGGUUUGCUUUGACCCUUUUUUUUUUUUGUAUGAUUUUCCUUCAUUCUGUUUCAUAAACUUUCAAUACGUGCUUGAUGGUUAAGUCCUUUUAGUAUGGCCUGAUUUAUGUUGGGGCUGGAUUAAAAUCUACACACUUA